UAUAAUAUAAGAGGAUUUCUUUGGCUUCAAGUACAUUAUAUUUACCAAAAUGUUUUCAAAACUAACUGUUUUAUUUUGUGCUUUUGCUGCAAUCCUAAGUAGUCCAUUGCAAGUGACUCCCGAAGACUUAAACUUAGAGCUAAAAACUUUAGGUGACAACAUUAAAGUGCGUGAAAGUCAAGUGCAAUAUGAAAUAAAAAUAGCCUUGAAUCCGUUGAAUUAUUACAUCCACGAAGCUGAAUUGCAAUACAUUUCGGACCUUGUUCCUGCAGCUAAACCUUAUUGGGAUGUUAUUGGGGCAUAUGAAACCAAAAAUAUUAGUACAGACAUCGUAGAUUGUAUCAAUCGAGGUAAUAAUCAACUCUAUCAACUAAACAACACAAUUGUUGACGAAGGCAGGUUAAAGCUGAACCAAUUAUCUCAACAAGGCCAAAAUAAAGCUUUAGAAUCUAGGUUAAAAACGUCAGCGAUUUUGACUCAGCUUGAAGAACUUUCUGGAAAAAUUGCGCAUUGUUCCGAUAAUAGCUGUGCAGGGGAUUUGCAUGGGAAGCUUCUAGAGUUUUACGAAUAUUCCAUACAAUAUUUGGACACUGCUGCUGAUGUUAUGGUUAAUUUUGUCUACAGUUAUUUGCCUGAAAUUUUGCCCACAUAUGGAUUGGAUGUUAGUGAUUAUCAGAAAAGAUACCAACCUUUUCUGGAUGAGGUUCUCGACUGUGUAGCUAACAAAUAGGAUUUUGAUUUGUAUUAGAAGGUGAAAUAGAAUUCUUUGUGUUUCUAUUUUGUAGUUUUUUUCUUCCUCUUCAUCAAUAUGAGUCAUUGAAAGUACCUAUCUACAAAUUAUAUGUGAUUCCCACCGAGUCGUAGAUUGUA